AUGGCGCUAUUUACGAAGGAUUGUAGGUGCUCAUGGGUGGAGAUCGCCAAGUACUACCAGCGUCACCCUGAUGGUUGGCUUGGGCUCUGGCUGAAAAGCAAAGACGGGCUGGCUCUGGCGCUGGGAUUUAUUGAAGAAAACGUGGGGAAAGACUGGGAGCAAUGGUUGGAGCCAUGGUUGGAUGAAGACAACAGUUCACAGGUGGCCAGGACCAUCAAUGAAGGCUUACAAGGCGAAGCUACAGUUUUGAAGACAAGUCUGCCAGUCGUGGAGGAUGCUCUCAAGGUUUAUGCCGUCUUUAAAGGGCAUACCCGCCCCCCAUCUGUCAUCCUGGGUGACCGAUUUGCAAAGGUGGUCGAGGAUGUGCUGAGACGUCCCGUGCAAGAGUCCCUCCUGAGCAUAUUGAUCCACAUCGUAAGCUGCCUACCUGCGGAGGGGCUCUACGAUCCGCGGUCAGGGCAUACUCCCGUGUUUUUGGACAAUUGGCUGAAUAGAAGCUUCAUGGAGUUCGUAAGCCGCAUCAUUCAGAAGGAAGUGACAGAGGGCGAGUUUGACACGACUGAGGAGGAGGACAUGGCCACGUGCAUCACCCUCACAGAAGGAAAAGAGAGGGAGGCAGCGAUUUCUGCUGAGAAACUCGAAAGCUAUAGGCAGGACUACCUAGAUCGGAUGGAAAAGGAUGGUGCAUGGGGAACGGACGCUGAGGUUCUGGGCUACGCACAUAAAGAAGAUCUCGUAAUCAUCGUGGAGAAGGGGGUUGCUUAUUCGAUAGCAUCACCAUACAGCACCAUCUUGGGUGGCCUGCAGCCAUGCGAGGGACUCUACAAGUAUGCCGCCACACAGGAACGUCCAAUCCUUCAUAUCAAGCACCAACCCGGUCAUUGCACCUACGUGCUGACGCCACGCGACGAGGCACUGGAGAUCCUGAGAGGCACGUUGAAACCGAAGCCACCACCACCGCCACCUGGCCCAGGCUUCACACCGCCACCAGGCCCAGGCCCAGGAUUGACACCGCCACCAGGCCCAAGCCCAGGCUGGACACCACCCGCAGCGGACGAGCCCUCUCACGUGGUCACCGGGCCCGGCUUCGAUACAGGCUUCCUCCUCACAGUCAACGGGGAUAGCAACGCGGUCCUGGUCUCCGGCGCCAUGCAAUACGUAGAGGAGCAGCAAUUUGUGGUUUUUGUGGUCACCUCGAUCCCUAAGAGGCACUUCAAUGCGGGCAAGGGCGUGUUCUACGUGCUGGCACCUGGCGAGCUCGCACGACUGCUCCCAGAUUGGGCAUGGAAUCACGGCAACUUUCUGUUCAUCGGAUCCAAGGCUCUCACCGCUCAGGUCCAGGGGCGGCUGCGUGAGACCAACGAGGAUCGCAUGAGCCUGUACCCAAAAGUCUCGAUCAUGCUCUCAGCAAGUGAGGCGAGCUCACUUAACCCCGAUGCCAAGGAGACCCUGCUGCAGUUUGCAGAAAGGCGAAGCAUAUGA